AUGUCACAGGGACACCUGGUAGAUUUGUCAAGACUCAGCAUGGAGUCUGAUCUUGCAAAAAUGAUUGAUUUUGAUGAUGUGAUUCACAAUUUUGCCAGUUUAAUAUCUAUUGUGUUGGGUGAAGACAACCUUACAUUUAAAUUAAUUUUAGCAAUUUAUCGACAUGGAGAUAGAAGUCCGAUUGAAAACUAUCCCAAUGGCUUACACAGUGAAAGUGAAUGGCCACAGGGAUUUGGGCAACUGACUAAGAUUGGGAUGCAGCAGCAGUAUGAGCUUGGACAAUACAUAAAGAAGAGAUAUUCAGAUUUUCUGAGUGCGGGUUACAACAGAGAGGAGAUCUUAAUCCAAAGCACUGAAAUUGAUCGAACCAUAAUGAGUGCCCAAGCAAAUCUUGCUGGUAUGUUCCCUCCUAUUGGUGAUCAGAUCUGGAAUCCUGAACUCCUGUGGCAACCAAUCCCAGUACAUGUCCUCACAAAGGCAAGCAAUCCUAAAUUACGCUAUCCAAUUUUUCAAUGUCCACGCUACAUAGAGCUUUUGAAGAAAACCAUAGCAUCAAAUGAAUUCCAGGAAAAAAUUAGACCAUAUGAGGAGUUCAUAAAAACAAUAGCUUACUAUUCAGGAUAUAAUGCUUCUGUUCUCAAGAAUCCCAUGAAUUUUAAAAUAUGGCAUGUACAAGAUACACUAUUUUGUGAGUCUAUUCACAAUUAUACAUUACCUGAAUGGGCAACUGAAGAUGUAAUGAGAAAGUUGACAGAGCUUACCGAAUUGUCCUUAUCAUCAUUGUUUGGUAUUUACAAGAGAGAAGAAAAGGCACGGCUUCAAGGAGGAAGGAUUUUAAUUGAUAGAAUUGUAAACCAAUUUUAUUUUCAAAGUUAUUUGAAAACUUCAUUGCUACUUGCAAUCUACUACUGCUACUUCAUUGUAGUAGAUAUUGGAGAUGUCCCACUAUUACAGAAUGAU